AGAGAGAGAAGGGUAGUUGUUUCUACUAUUUUUUUCGGUAAAGAAGGGGACAAGAGCGUAUCUUGGAAAAUCCUCAAAAUUCGAUUCAGUUUGCUUUAAAAAGUAAGCUAAGCACAGAUACAUCCCUCACUUGCCAUACUCAUACAACUUUUAAUAUUAUCACCAUCCCCGACAAGAACCCAUUAAACAAAGCCCAGAAUGUGAACUCAAAGAGAUGCAACUGCAGCACAACAGUUCACUGUAUCCAGAAAUUGGUUGCUUCUUUUCUUGAUAAAAUACUAUCAUAUUACCACGUAUGUGUGUGUGUGUGCUAGGCUAGGCUGGUCAAAUAUGAAAUCUUGGGUGGUUUGAGUUUUUCUGAGGUGUGAGAAUAUUAACUAUUAUUUUAAGGGAGAGAGGGUGGGCAGAGAACGUGCUGUAUCUGUCUGCUGCUCUUGAACUAAAACUUCACGCUUUGUAGAGAAAAUCUAUGCAUGAUUAGAGGGGUUCUUUUUUUUGUCAUUUUUUCGAUCCUUUCAUUGUAGUUCACAUCUCUAUCCCAGAAACCCCUUUUGGGUUAGCAAACAAGAAGCAUAGUCUUAGAGAGAGAAGAGAGAGAGGGAGGGAGAGUGGAGUUCAUUUUCCUCGGGAAUUUGGACAAUAUUUCGUCUUUUGAGGUCUGCAACAAGGGCAUGCUUUGUUCCUCCCAUCAUUGAAUUGUAAAAAAUAUUACUCUUUUUCUUGCGCAAUAUGAGAGAAGCAAUAUUUUUGGUUCUGGGCUUUGUUUGUCUCUCCUCUUUGUGUGAAAUGCUGAUGAUUCUUGAGUCGCACAAGACAAUUUUGUAAUGAUAGACUUCUUGGAGUUUGAAGAGGAACCUUUCUUUAUAUUGCAGUCGCAGGAAAAAGUAAGUCUUGAAAAGUUGUAGCACAAGCCCAUGAGUCUGUGUACUGUAUAUCUUUUCUGGGGGUCUUAGAUUCCUUUGUCCUUGAGGGAUUAAAAAGGUGUGGGGAGUUCGGUUGAAGUGAAAACCAGAGAGGGCUUGGCUUGCAAGAAUGGGUGAGAAAAGGCAAGGAUUCCACAUGGUCGCUGUGAGGGUGAAUGAACAAUUGGGCGCAAAGAGGAAGUAUUCAGUCAUACACAAAGCUUCCAAUCGUAGAAUUUUGGGAUUCUGGAUCAUGCUAAUGUUGUUCUUCAGUAAACAAAUUUAUGAUUAUAUGGACGAUGAACAGAAGGAGAGGAGGAAAGAAGUGCUUGUGAGCAUGUGUGAUCAGAGGGCCAGGAUGUUACAGGAUCAAUUCAGUGUUAGUGUUAAUCAUGUUCACGCCCUUGCCAUCCUCGUCUCUACUUUCCACUAUUACAAGAAUCCUUCAGCAAUUGAUCAGGAAACUUUUGCUGAAUACACAGCAAGAACUGCUUUUGAGAGGCCAUUGUUGAAUGGGGUGGCGUAUGCACAGAGGAUUCUACAUUCUGAGAGGGAAGAAUUUGAGAGACAACAUGGAUGGACCAUUAGAACAAUGGAGAAAGAGCCUUCACCGAUCAGGGACGAGUACGCACCAGUGAUAUUCUCUCAAGAAACUGUAUCCUACAUUGAAUCACUUGAUAUGAUGUCAGGGGAGGAGGACCGUGAGAAUAUAUUAAGGGCUCGAGCUACUGGUAAAGCAGUUCUUACUAGCCCAUUUAGGUUGCUAAAUUCAAAUCAUCUUGGGGUUGUUUUGACUUUUCCGGUUUACAAUUCCAAGCUUCCACACAACCCAACUGUGGAAGAGCGCAUUGAAGCAACUGCAGGGUACCUUGGUGGAGCCUUUGAUGUUGAAUCCCUUGUUGAGAAUCUACUCGGGCAACUUGCUGGGAACCAGGCGAUAGUGGUCAAUGUGUAUGAUAUUACAAACACUUCCGAUCCUUUGAUCAUGUAUGGGCACCACUCUCAAGAUGGUGAUAUGUCCCUUAAGCAUGUGAGCAGGCUGGACUUUGGAGACCCCUAUCGCAAACACGAGAUGAUAUGUCGGUACCUUCAGAUGGCCCCUACAUCAUGGAUUGCGCUUACAACAGCAUUCUUUGUCUUUGUGAUUGGCUUUUUAGUUGGAUAUAUGAUAUAUGGGGCAGCAAUUCACAUUGUUAAAGUUGAAGAUGAUUUUCAUAAAAUGCAGGAACUGAAAGUUCGAGCUGAAGCUGCUGAUGUUGCUAAAUCUCAGUUUUUAGCCACUGUUUCUCAUGAAAUAAGAACCCCCAUGAAUGGCAUUCUAGGNNNNCUACAGCUGCUUCUAGACACAGAACUGAGUUCGACCCAAAGGGACUACGCCCAAACAGCUCAAGCUUGUGGGGAAGCAUUGAUAACGUUGAUAAAUGAAGUGCUUGACCGUGCAAAGAUUGAAGCUGGCAAGCUAGAGCUUGAGGCUGUCCCAUUUGAACUUAGGUCGAUUCUUGAUGAUGUUUUGUCCUUGUUUUCUGAGAAAUCUAGGCAAAAAGGUGUUGAGUUGGCUGUUUUUGUUUCAGAUAAAGUGCCUGAAAUAGUUGUGGGGGAUCCAGGAAGGUUCAGGCAGGUGAUUACCAAUCUUGUCGGGAACUCAGUAAAAUUCACAGAGCAAGGACAUAUAUUUGUUCAAGUCCACUUAGCUGCACAAGCAAAAUCAGUUAUGGAUGUGAAGACAGAAGCUUGUUUGAAUGGAGAGUCUGAGUGCAUAGCACAAUCUUGUGCUCGGCAGUUCAACACCUUGAGUGGUAAACAAGCUGCUGAUGAUCGAAGCAGUUGGGAGACCUUUAAGCAUUUAGAUGAUGAAUUCCGAUAUGAUGCUUCAAGUAAUAUGUUGAAUGAUAAUGCUCAUCAUAGUGUCACCUUGAUGGUGUGUGUUGAAGAUACGGGAAUUGGUAUCCCUGAACAAGCCCAAAAACGGGUGUUCACACCAUUUAUGCAGGCUGACAGUUCAACUUCUAGAAAUUAUGGGGGAACGGGCAUAGGAUUGAGCAUCAGUAAGUGUCUUGUUGAACUAAUGGGUGGUCAAAUGAACUUCACUAGCCGUCCUCAAAUCGGAAGCACAUUUUCUUUUACUGUUGAAUUCAGAAGAUGUGAAAAAAGUGCUGUUAUAGAUCUGAAGAAAUCUCUCUCUGAUGAUCUACCUACUGCAUUUAAAGGGUUAAAAGCACUUGUAGUUGAUGGGAAACCAGUUAGAGCUGCUGUCACAAGGUACCACCUGAAGAGACUGGGUAUCCAAGCUGAAGCAGUAAGUAGCAUCAGGACAGCAGUUGCUGUGUUUGGGAAAUAUGGCUCCCUGAUUUCUAAAAGCGAAAAGCUGCCAGAUAUGUUUCUUGUAGAAAAAGAUUCAUGGAUUUCCGGUGAAGAGGACAGCAUUAUGCAGAUAUCAAACUGGGGACAAAAUGGUCACUCAUAUAAAAUGCCUAAGAUGAUCCUUCUUGCGACCAAUAUCACUGCUGCCGAGACUGAAAAAGCCAAGGCUGCUGGCUUUGCAGAUACCGUGAUCAUGAAACCUCUGAGAGCGAGUAUGGUAGCUGCAUGCUUGCAACAGGUAUUAGGAAUUGGCCGAAAACCCCAAAAUGGAAGAGAUGUACCCAACAAAUGUACCGGUCUUCGUGGCCUGCUCUGUGGCAAGAAGAUAUUGGUCGUUGAUGAUAAUAUUGUCAACCGCCGAGUUGCCGCUGGUGCCCUCAAAAAGUUUGGGGCAGAUGUACAAUGUGCUGAGAGUGGUCAAGAGGCUCUGAAAUGGCUCCAGCUCCCACAUGAAUUUGAUGCCUGCUUUAUGGAUAUUCAAAUGCCGGAAAUGGACGGAUUCGAGGCAACUCGUCUUAUUCGGGAGAUGGAGAACAAAGCGAACACGCAGAUGCACGGAGGAUGCAUGAAGGAUGGAACAACAAAGAAGAGCGAGUGGCAUAUCCCCAUAUUAGCAAUGACAGCCGAUGUUAUACACGCCACGUUAGACAAAUGUUUGAAAUGCGGAAUGGAUGGAUACGUGUCGAAACCUUUCCAGGAGAAGAGUCUCUACCAGGCCGUUGCCAAGUUCUUCGAGUCCAAGCCUGUCAACUCAUAGCACAGAGGAUCUUGAGCAUGAUUAAAACUGAUUGCAUCUCAGCUUCAAGUGAUUGUUACUUGAGUUAAUGUAGCCAGCAAUUUUUCCUCGUCCCUGCUGGUGUCUUCUUGGCUGAUCACCUGGUAAUGAAAGCCGUGGAUAUAUUCUUUGGUGAUUGAAUUUGUUCACAAGCGUUGUUGCAGGUAUAGGCGCUUGUUCUUCUAACCAACUAGACUUGAUUAGCUUCUCAAGUACAUGUAUACGUACUACAAAACCAUGAAAAGAACGUUCUUUCCCCUUGUUGUAUGUACAUUGAUGGGGAAGGGAGCAAAAGAUGUAAAUUUUGAGGUGGUUCUUCGAAUUCUUGAUGUCGUGUUAAAGAAGAGCCGGUUUCCACUUCUGUUGUCAUCUUCAGUUGUAGAAUGAAGUAUGUUGUAGAAAUCUGUAGUUGCCACUUAGAAGCUGUUUUGCGUUUGUUGUAUAUACUAUGAUGCAAAUGUGUUUCCCAGAA